UGUGCAGGGUCGACUCUUACUUAACCAACCUUACUUUAACAAUAGUUAAAGUCCUUUAACCUGCCAUGUUGAAAACAGCCAUGCAACUUGUAUCAUUCACAGAAGCGAAAGUUAAGAGUACAUCUAACGCUAACCACUGGUUCAAUGCCAUCUAAUGCCUUGUAUCCCUCAAAACAUUUUAAAAAAGGAGCUAAAUUUGCAAGAAACACGUAGCACAAAAGCCAAUCCAUUGGUAUAUGUUUACUUCUGGCUUCUGUGUUUUUUAUAUUACUGCUGGGAACGAUAUGGAAGAUACUUUUUCUGAUUGCUUACUCUCUAUGUCUCCUUCAUGUUCGCUGGUGUGUUAUAUUAUUGCAGGAAAACUGGAAUCUUUAGCAAAACGAGAUGAUGACUGAGUAAUAUAUAAUGUGUAUUAGGUUUAUAAUAUGAUGGAAGCGUUGACUACAAUCUGAUAGUCUAGCAAAUGAGAACAAAAGCUCAAAGGGCGAAUACUAAUAAAUCUCAAAACUCAAUAAGAUCAUAAAAUAGAUCUGGCUCUGAUCUCAAAAUCUCCCAGUUACAAUUUCUUUCAACAUUGUUUACUAAAUUAAAUAAUAAUAUGAUCAGUUGUCAAACGCAGCUGCCCCAUCCUCUUCCUCUGCCUCUCCCUGUCAAUAGCUUUCAGCUUCAAAGUCUCAGGUUGUAAGUGAAUUUGGCAUCUCUGAAUCUUUAUCAUGUGAGUUAUUGUAGUCCAUUAGAUACUUGGUUUGAUAGAGUUUGCGACGACUUUGGCUUCUGCAAUUUUUUUGUCAGUUCAGUUGUGAACAGUUUCCAAUCUCUCAGUCUCAUUAAGACAAAUGGGAAAAACUCAUAUUUCUGUUAAGUUAGGAAGGUGGGGUGGAGUGCUUCAUAGACCAAUCUUUAUGCUUGGCAUUUUAGUUCUUUUGAUCUGUAUAGCUACUUUGUCCAAAUUCUACUCUAUCAGAUCUCUUUUUAUUUCUGAUACCUUCUGCAAUGACGUUCAUAUUGAGCAUCAAAGUAACAUUAGAAGUGAUCAAGUUGGUGUAACUGUUGAUGCUAUUGUUCAAAAAAUCCAUAAAGAAAUUAAUGAGAUAAAAGAUUUGCGAAUGGAUUCAUCAUCGGCUACACUUUCAUCAAGAUAUGUUGCUUUUCUUGCUGAUAUGUUGGGGCAUAUUGAGUCGUUACAGACAUCUUUGCCUUCAGAUGAAGGAGCUCAUCAGCGAAACACUGAAAUUGGAGCUCUCCAUCCUCUGUUAAGGCCAAAACAACGAUCAGAUGAGCCUGCUGAUUUCUUCCUGAUAGAAGAGAUUCGAAAGUACUUACGGAUCAAACCCAACCGAUUAGGGAAACAAAACUUCAUGGGAGCUAACGGAACAUUCACAAGCAUUGGCCACGCCUGUUUUGCCAUGAAGAAAGAGCUUGAAGAGUAUAUGGAUUACGAUAUAGGGGAAAUCUGCAAGGAUGACUGGAAACUGGCUCAGAGGCUGAUGGUUCAUGGGUGUGAUCCAUUACCAAGGAGGAGGUGCUUCUCAAGAGCCCCACAGCUAUACAGCCAACCAUUCCCUAUAAAUGAGUCCUUGUGGAAGCUUCCUGAUAAUAGAAAUGUGCGGUGGAGCCAGUAUAGAUGCAAAAACUUCACCUGCCUGGCUAGCAACACUACUCGCAAGGGGUUCUAUAAGUGUGCAGAUUGCUUCAAUCUCACAGCUCAUGAACUUCCCAGAUGGAUCAAACACAUAAAUCUUGAUCUCAGCAUGAAUCUUACUGCAGAUAUUCUGAUACCCGAAGUGCUUAACAUUAAGCCCGGAGGGAUUAGAAUUGGAUUGGAUUUCAGUGUAGGAACAGGAACUUUUGCAGCUCGAAUGAGAGAGUUCAAUGUUACUAUAGUCUCAGCAACUAUCAAUCUUGGAGCACCAUUCAAUGAAAUGAUCGCUCUUCGGGGACUAGUACCUCUUUACUUGACUAUAAACCAACGGCUUCCAUUCUUUGAUAAUACACUGGAUUUGAUACACACAACAAGAUUUCUUGAUGGCUGGAUUGAUUUUGUGCUGCUAGACUUUAUAUUGUAUGACUGGGAUAGAGUUUUGAGGCCAGGGGGUCUGCUAUGGAUCGACAGCUUUUUCUGUCUGAAAGAGGAUUUGAAUGAUUAUUUAGAAGCAUUUAAGAUGCUAAGGUACAAAAAGCAUAAAUGGAUUGUUGCUCCUAAGCUGGACAAAGAUGAUGAUCGUGAAGUGUUCUUUUCUGCUGUCCUAGAAAAGCCUCCCAGACCAUUUCGUUAAUCUUAUAUUGGUGCUGUUGCUGCACUGCUAGCUUUAAAUCUUUCAAAUUUUAAUAGCUUUCAUUAUUGAUAUUUGUAUAGUGCAAUGCAUGGAAGAGACUGUUCUCGGAGAGCAUUCAACACCAUAUUCUAAUAAAUCCUUGUUUGCAUCUA